AUGGUUGCACAUAAACUAAGAGAAGACCAUGAAGCUAAACGGACCCAGCUAGAUAGCAGAUACGAAUACAUUUUUGAAACUGUGGCUACCUGCCUAUCUCUGGAAAGGUUUGAUGUUGAAGAUGCCAUGCUGGAAGGGACUCAACUGGAACAAAUUGAUAAGUUUUUUAUUGCUGAUGGUAGACAAAGCCUUUUGUUCUUCUAUCAGGAAGUGGACCUUCCAGAAACAGUUGUUCUCGGGGCAAGCGGACCCAUGCCAGGAUCUUCAAGCUCUGGUAAAGUGUUAAAGCUGUUUCUUACUGAUGGCGAGCAAGCUGCUUUGACUGGAAUUUGUAUUGCCUUUCUACGAGGCAGUGCCAACAGAGCUAUCACAUGUGAAAACAUAUACAGGGAAGUAAGUUUCAGUGUCUUGGAUGCUGGAAGAAUUGGAUUGUUGAAAUCUGUUGAACAACUGUUGGGUGAUGCAUUUUUACCAGUGCUGAAGAAUAUGAAUCAAGGAUGGGGACAGUUGAACAAGCCUGAAUCUAUGACAAUUAGACAAGAAUUUCUGAAUUCACUGGAUGGGUUUGUCAACACACUCUCUGCAGCACAGCAGAAUCUGGCUAAAGAGGUUCGAUUAGAACAAUGUGUUUUGGAAGAGCUGAGGAACCUGAAAGGGCCAACUGAUGUUGGUACAAUUUCUCCAGAAAUGUUGAAACAAGCUGAAGAAUGCCUGAAAAUUUGGAUGAAGCAAAUUGAGCAGGUACUUACUGAAAGUGAACAGGUGCGGAAGGAGGCUGAUGACAUUGGACCACGAGUUGAGCUGGAAUACUGGAAGCACCGUCUGACCAGAUUCAAUUACCUGAGCCAGGAGAUUCAGCGAGGAGAUGUUAAAACCAUUCUUGGAAUCCUCACAGCUACUAAAUCAAAGCUGUUGAAGACAUGGAAGGAGUUGGAUAAAUGGCUUACAGAGGUAUCUAAUGAAGCCAAAGAUAAUGUGAAAUAUCUCUACAUGCUGGAUCGAUUUUGUGACCCUCUCUAUAACAGUGACCCUAUUGGAAUGCUUAAUGAUAUUCCAGGACUCAUGAACGUUAUCAGGAUGGUACAUACAAUUUCCAUGUACUACAACACAUCAGAAAAGAUGACUUCUCUAUUUACCAAGGUCACAAAUCAGAUGAUAACUGCAUGCAAAGCAUACAUUACCAAUCACGGGUCUGUUACGAUAUGGGAUUUGACUCCAGACAUUGCCGUUAAAAAGCUGAGAGCCUGUAUUAACCUUCAUCAGGAAUAUCAGUCUUGUUAUAACAUGACCAAGCAAAAAAUGGAGGAGAAUCCAAAGGAAAAACCAUUUGAGUUUAGUGAAAUGUAUAUCUUUGGGAAGUUUGAUACAUUUGAGAAACGACUAAAAAAGAUUAUUGAGAUACUAGAGACUAUUACUAUAUACUCCAGCCUCGAAGAAUCCACAAUUGAAGGGGCUGAAGAAUUGGCAAACAAAUUUCAGGUUAUUGCAUCUGGAAUGAAAAAGCAAGAUUAUAAUAUCCUGGACUACAAAAAAACAGUUUUUGAUGUGGAUUACAUGCUUUUUACUACUCAGAUCAGUGACUUGCAUGCUGAAAUAAAACAGCUCCUGGAUACCACUCUUGACAGUAUCUCAACCACUCAGAAGGCCUUGUCAUUUUUGGUGAAGUUUGAAAAGCUUGGAAUACCAUAUCUAGGAAUUGAGAAGCAAUUUCAAAAACUUCUGCACAGCUACAGUAAAGAUGUCGAUCUUGUAUCCCUAAUUUACACAAAACAGAAGGCUGAUCCUCCAAUACCACGUGACUUUCCUCCAGUAGCUGGAAAAAUAAUUUGGGCUCGGCAGCUCUUCAGACGUAUAGAGGAGCCCAUGUUGCUGUUUGAGCAGAGGACUGGUGUCCUGCAGAGUGCCGAUGCAAAGAGGAUCAUCCGCAGCUAUAAUAAAGUAGCCAGAGUUUUGGUGGAGUAUGAAGUACUUUAUCAUAGAGCAUGGAUGCAACAGAUGGAAACGGUCCAGUUUGGUCUCCAGGCAUCAUUAUUGGUGAAGCACCCAGACACUGGCGAAAUGUUUGUGAACUUUGACCCUUAUCUCACAGUCUUGAUAAGAGAGGCAGAGUGCAUGGCUCGAAUGGGUUUAGAGAUCCCCCAGACUGCAAAAGCACUUCUACAUAAGCGGCAUUCUUUGAAAAAUAUGUACAAUAAGCUGCAGCUCUUGCUAGAAGAGAACUCCAGAUUACGUGCAAGGAUUAAGCCGAUCUAUGAGACCCUUAUUGCACCUUAUGUGCACAAGAUUGAUGAAGCCUUUCAGCCAGGACUUGUAACACUUAACUGGACAUCAUUAAACAAUGACUUGUUUGUGGAUAAGGUUAAUGCAAAAUUAGGAGAAAUUGAUUUGCUGGUUUGCAGAAUUAAUGACCUCAUUGAAUAUCGUAUAGAUCGGAUCCUGCAGGAUAUAAGUACCACAUCACUUUGUGCAUUUCCUGAGGGAACACCGUGGCCGUGUGAGGAGUUUUUAAAACGCACACAGGAUAUGUGCAUCAAAGGAGUCCAGUCACUGCAAAGUAAGAGCAUGCUGGCAGAAGUAGCAACCAAUGAACUCAUUAAGAUGCUGCUCGAUGUGGAUUCAGAUGAUGAAAAUGAUGCUAUAGAAGAAAAUAAUGAAACAAAAGCACCAUUCCAGUCCUCAAUGGGCAUUUCUCCAGAUGCUCAUUCAAUCUCAACAUUAAAGAGAUUAAAAGAUCCCAAAUUUCUGAAGCAAGAGGCAAAGGAGUUGCUCAAUCACUUCAGCCGUCGAAAUGUGGACGCACUUGUUAAGGUCAUACGCAACACCCUUGAAACACUAAGAAAACGCAUGCAUAGUUCUCACAAGAUUCACUUUGAGGCACAAUCUGAUCCUGAUUCAGAUUAUCAGAAACAAGACUUCAGUUCAGUUCUCCAAGUUGACAUUUGCCUUGCCAUACCUGAUAUUAUGCUCCGUCCUACACUGGAAGAAAUCCAGUAUAUUUUGAAUAGAGUGUGUGACAGUAUUAUCAAUGUUUCCAAAGGACUAUCCAUGUGGAGCAAGAGAAGGAUGACAACAAAAAAGUCGAAUGACCAGAAAAUAGCUGAAUUACAAAGAAAUGAUACACAGGAUGACUCCUCCAUUGAUAAAUAUGAAGGAAACCUUGCAGAUGAUACUGUGCCAGAUUUGAUUUUGGCCUACACUCAACCUAACAAUUACUACAAGAUAAUUUCUGAAAACAAGGACAUAAUUAAGCUAGUUUCUCUCAUUUCAUCAUCUGUCAAUUCAUUUAGAAAGGGUUUACAAGAAAUUCUCGAAACGUUCAACAAGUACAGUCACCUCUGGAGAGAAGACCGUGAAAACACUCUUGCAAAGUUUAUAGAAGGUUCCCCUUCAUUGUCUGCGUUUGAAUUCCAAGUCAAGUUCUAUCACAACCUGCAAAUCCAAAUUCAAGCUGAACCUCGGGUGAUGUAUCUGGGUGCUCUUGCAUUGUGUUCAGAUGAUUUGAAGUUAGCCUUGGCUGAAGAAAGUAGAGCCUGGAUGAUUGGAUAUUCUCAUCACUGCAAUGAAAAAUAUAAAACAAAUCUGGAUAAUAUAGUGGGCUUUGUAGAAGAGACUUCAAAGAAGCUAAAUUGCUCAGUGAAUGAUAUGGAUGAUAUAAGAAUUAUCACGGGUUCUUUAAAAGAUAUCCGGGAGAAACAGAUUGACAUCGAUUUACAGAUUGGACCCAUUGAGGAAUUCUAUACCUUGUUGAAUAAAUAUGAGAUCCAAGUAGUUAAAGAAGACUCUGACAGAGUGGAUACAUUGCGUUACACAUGGGAAAAGCUCCUUUUACGUGGAAUGGAAAUUCAAAAUCAUCUCAUUUCUUUGCAACCUUCAUUUCGUACGGAACUGAUCACCAAUGUUAAAACAUUUAUGGGAGAUGCAAAUAAAUUUUGUUGCGACUAUGAGAAGGGAGGCCCCAUGCAGCCUGGACUGUCUCCACAAGAAGCAAAUGACCAAUUGGUUAUCUAUCAGAAUCGUUUUGACAAUCUCUAUCGCAAAUACAUCACCUACACGAGUGGUGAGGAACUCUUUGGACUGCCAGUUACACAGUGUCCUCAGUUGUUGGAGAUAAAGAAGGAGCUGAACCUUUUACAGAAACUUUAUAGUCUCUACAAUAAUGUUAUCAACACAGUGAAUGGUUACUUCGAUAUUCUCUGGUCUGAGGUGAACAUAGAAAAGAUAAAUAGUGAGCUUUUGGAUUUUCAAAACAGAUGCCGUAAAUUACCUCGAGGUUUGAAGGAAUGGCCAGCCUAUCUUGAUUUAAAGCAGACCAUUGAUGACUUCAGUGAAAGUUGUCCCUUGUUGGAGAUGAUGUCUAACAAGGCCAUGAUGGCUCGUCAUUGGCAACGCAUUGCCCAAGUUACAGACCAUGACUUUGAUAUUGACAGUGAAACAUUUAAAUUGUCCAAUAUAAUGGAAGCCCCAUUGUUAAAGUACAAAGAGGAGAUUGAGGAUAUUUGCAUCAGCGCUGUAAAGGAGAGAGAUAUUGAGCAGAAACUGAAGCAAGUCUUAGUGGAGUGGGAUAAUCGAUACUUUACAUUUGCUAACUUCAAAACACGUGGUGAACUCCUUCUCCGUGGUGACAACAUUUCUGAGAUCAUCACUUCUGCUGAAGAUAGUUUGAUGGUUCUUGGUUCUCUGCUGAACAAUAGGUACAAUGUUCCAUUCAGAGCACACAUUCAAAAGUGGGUACACAAACUAUCAUCCACCACGGAUAUAAUUGAGAGCUGGCUGGUUGUACAAAACCUAUGGAUAUAUCUGGAAGCAGUGUUUGUGGGUGGAGACAUUGCCAAGCAACUUCCAAAGGAAGCAAAGAGGUUUUCCAAUAUAGAUAAGUCCUGGAUGAAGAUAAUGAGCCGAGCCCAUGAAAUCCCUAAUGUGGUUCAAUGCUGUACAGGAGAUGAAGCUAUGGUCCAGCUGUUACCACAUCUCUUGGAACAACUUGAAAUGUGUCAGAAAUCAUUAACUGGGUAUCUGGAAAAGAAGCGCAUGAUGUUCCCAAGGUUCUUUUUUGUAUCAGACCCUACUCUCCUGGAAAUUCUGGGACAAGCUUCCGAUUCGCAUACGAUACAAGCUCAUUUGCUUAAUAUCUUUGACAAUAUUAAAUUGGUACUAUUCCACGAGAAGAUCUACGAUCGCAUAUUGGCUGUGUGCUCCAGAGAAGGGGACACAAUUGAACUGGAUAAACCAGUUGCAACAGAAGGAAAUGUUGAAGUUUGGUUGAAUUCUCUGCUUAAGGAGUCUCAAAGUUCACUUCACAGUAUUAUUCGAAAUGCUGCCUAUGUAAUACAGGAAGAACAUUUUAAUCUUAUUGAUUUCCUGAAUACAUUCUGUGCCCAGGUUGGCCUUCUUGGAAUUCAGAUGAUUUGGACUAGAGAUGCUGAAGAUGCCCUGAAACUGUCACAGGUUGACCGUAAAAUCAUGCAGACAACGAACCAAUACUUUUUGGAAAUUCUUAAUAUACUGAUUGACAGGACAACCAAAGAUUUAAAUCUUAAUGAGCGUGUGAAGUAUGAGACUCUAAUCACAAUCCAUGUCCAUCAGAGAGAUAUCUUCGAUCAGAUGUACCGAAUGCAGAUAAAAUCUCCGACAGAUUUUGAAUGGUUGAAGCAGUGCAGGUUCUAUUUCCUUGAUGAUGCUGACAAGAUGCAGAUAUCAAUUACUGAUGUGGAUUUUCAUUACCAGAAUGAGUUUUUGGGGUGCACUGACAGAUUGGUUAUUACUCCACUCACUGACAGGUGCUACAUUACUUUAGCCCAGGCAUUGGGGAUGAAUAUGGGUGGUGCUCCCACAGGGCCUGCUGGCACAGGAAAAACCGAAACAGUUAAAGACAUGGGCAAAUGCUUGGGCAAGUAUGUGGUUGUCUUCAACUGUUCGGAUCAAAUGGACUUCCGAGGCCUUGGCCGAAUCUUCAAAGGACUGGCACAGUCAGGGUCUUGGGGAUGUUUUGAUGAAUUCAAUCGUAUUGACUUGCCUGUACUUUCAGUAGCUGCUCAGCAAAUAGCCAUUAUCCUGACUUGCAAAAAGGAACGCAAGAAAUAUUUCAUAUUUACAGACAGUGAGACAAUAGAAAUGAACCCAGAGUUUGGCAUCUUUCUUACAAUGAACCCAGGUUAUGCUGGACGUCAGGAACUUCCUGAAAACCUCAAGAUUAAUUUCCGGUCAGUGGCUAUGAUGGUACCUGAUCGACAGAUCAUCAUCCGUGUCAAACUGGCAAGCUGUGGAUUCAUAGACAACAUUGCCCUGGCUUGCAAGUUCUUUGUGCUUUACAAAUUGUGUGAGGAGCAGCUCUCCAAACAGGUUCAUUAUGACUUUGGACUUCGCAAUAUUUUAUCUGUUUUACGAACACUUGGUGCUGUCAAGCGAGCCAGCCCUGAAGAUACUGAAUCUACAAUUGUCAUGAGAGUCCUUCGAGACAUGAACCUUUCCAAACUGAUUGAUGAGGAUGAACCACUAUUUCUCAGCCUGAUAGCAGAUUUGUUUCCUGGUAUUCAAUUGGAUAAGUCUGGUUAUCCUGAGUUGGAAGCUGCUAUUGACAAACAGAUUGAGGAUGCCAGCCUAGUAAAACAUACACCGUGGAGACUGAAGGUUAUUCAGUUGUUUGAAACACAAUGUGUACGACAUGGUAUGAUGACACUGGGCCCAAGUGGUGCUGGAAAGACAACUUGUAUUCAUACCCUCAUGAAGGCUAUGACAGAGUGUGGUAAGCCUCAUAGAGAGAUGCGAAUGAAUCCCAAAGCAAUUACAGCCCCUCAAAUGUUUGGCCGUCUCGAUGUUGCAACCAACGACUGGACUGAUGGAAUAUUUUCUACGCUGUGGAGGAAGACUCUCAGGGCCAAGAAAGGUGAACACAUUUGGCUGGUACUAGAUGGUCCUGUUGAUACCAUUUGGAUAGAAAAUCUUAAUUCUGUCCUCGAUGACAACAAGACUCUCACUCUGGCAAAUGGAGAUCGUAUCCCAAUGGCACCAAACUGUAAAAUAGUUUUUGAGCCUCACAACAUCGACAAUGCAUCUCCUGCCACUGUCUCUAGGAAUGGGAUGGUGUACAUGAGUGCCUCAGUGCUUGACUGGAGGCCUAUCUUAGAGAGUUGGUUAAAGUUACGUUCGCAUCACGAGGCUGAAAUUCUCAAGAAGCUGUAUGCAGCUGUGUUCUCAGACCUUUACCAUUUUAGCAUACAGUCAUUAAAUCAAAAGGUGAAAGUGCUUGAAGCCUUUGUAAUUAUGCAAAGUAUUAACAUUCUACAAGGACUUCUACCUUCCAAGGAACAAAUUGGCGAGUUAGACCACCAGAAUGUGGAACGAUUGUUUAUCUUCGGUAUAAUGUGGAGUAUUGGUGGUAGUCUUGAGCUGGAUGACAGAAAAAAGAUGGAGUGUUGGCUGAGAAAUCUUUCUUGUAUCAAAUUGGAUAUGCCUGAAAUUUCUUUAAAUGCUGAAGAAACAAUGUUUGACUACCUUGUGGGCCCUGAUGGGAACUGGUUACACUGGAGCACACAGGUGGAGGAGUACAUUUAUCCUGUAGACACCAUUCCAGAAUAUGGAUCGAUCCUCGUGCCAAAUGUGGACAAUGUUAGGACAAAUUUUCUUAUUCAUAAUAUUGCCAAACAGGGCAAGGGUGUGCUUUUGACUGGUGAACAAGGAACUGCGAAGACAGUCAUCAUAAAAAAUUACCUUUCUAAGUAUAACACUGAGAUUCAUCUGCCAAAAAGCCUCAACUUCUCCUCAGCCACUACACCUUUAAUGUUACAGAGGACUAUAGAAAGCUAUGUGGACAAAAGAAUGGGGAAUGUAUAUGGACCUCAAGCUGGAAAGAAAAUGACUGUGUUUAUAGAUGAUAUAAACAUGCCUAUUAUCAACAAGUGGGGUGAUCAGGUAACCAAUGAGAUUUUAAGGCAGUUGAUAGAACAGAAAGGCUUCUAUAAUCUGGAGAAGCCAGGAGAGUUUACACACAUUGUGGACAUCCAGUUUAUUGCUGCAAUGAUCCACCCUGGUGGUGGACGGAAUGACAUUCCUCAAAGACUGAAGAGACAUUUCUCGAUUUUUAACUGUACGUUGUAUUCUAAUAUCUCCAUUGACAAAGUCUUUGGUGUGAUUGGAGUGGGUCAUUUCUGCAAGCAGCGAGGAUUUACUGAAGAGGUGGUAGGCUUAGCAGCUCAGCUUGUUCCCAUCACGCGGAAAUUGUGGCAAAUUGUCAAAGCUAAAAUGCUUCCAACACCAGCCAAGUUUCAUUAUGUGUUUAAUUUACGCGAUCUCUCCAGAAUUUGGCAGGGCAUGCUCAACGCCACUGCGGAAGUCAUUUGUUACAAAGAGAUGCUUCUGAAGCUUUGGAAACAUGAAUGUACACGAGUGGUGGCUGAUCGCUUUAUAAACUCUGAAGACUGUGAAUGGUUUGAUCAAACAUUGAUUCAUGUUGCCACUGAAGAACUUGGGGAUGAAAUCAAGAGUGUCAUCAACGUGGAGAGUGAAGACCUGUUUGUAGAUUUCUUGCGUGAUCCACCUGAGGCCACAGGAGAGGAGCCAGAAGAUACCGAAUACGAGAUGCCCAAAGUGUAUGAGGCCAUUGAAUCUUUAGAUAUGUUGAAAGAGAGGUUGAACCUGUUCAUGUUCCUUUACAACGAGACUGUACGUGGGGGACACUUAGAUUUAGUCUUCUUUGAAGAUGCUAUGAUUCACCUUGCCAAGAUAUCACGUAUCAUCAGAACUCCUCGAGGUAAUGCUUUACUUGUUGGUGUAGGUGGGUCAGGCAAACAGAGCUUGACAAGACUCACUUCAUUUAUUGCUGGCUACCAGACAUUCCAAGUCACUCUCUCAAGGUCAUACAGUGCAUCAAACCUGCUGGAGGAGCUGAAGUUUCUGUACAGGACAGCUGGACAGGAGGGAAAUGGAGUGACAUUUAUUUUUACAGACAAUGAUAUCAAGGACGAGGCUUUUCUGGAAUACCUAAACAAUGUUCUCUCUUCUGGAGAGGUUUCAAAUCUGUUUACUCGUGAUGAGAUGGAUGAAGUUAAUAAUGAUCUCACUCCUAUAAUGAAGCAGGAGUUUCCAAGGAGGCCUCCAACCAAUGAGAACCUGUAUGAAUACUUUAUGAGCCGGGUCCGGCAGAACUUGCACCUUGUGCUUUGUUUCUCACCAGUUGGAGAAAAGUUCCGUAAUCGAGCUUUGAAAUUCCCAGCGCUGAUUUCUGGGUGUACCAUGGAUUGGUUCAGCCGAUGGCCAAAGGAUGCCCUAAUUGCAGUGUCCGACCAUUUCUUGUCCUCAUUUGAGAUUGAAUGCACGCGAGAGGCAAAACAGCAAGUGGUGGAGUGCAUGGGGACUUUCCAAGAUGGUGUCGCCGAGAAAUGUGUGUUGUACUUUGAAAGAUUCCGGCGGUCAACCCAUGUUACACCUAAAUCCUACCUGUCCUUCAUUCAGGGUUACAAAGCUGUAUACAAGGAGAAACAGUCAGAGCUGCAAACUCUGGCAGAAAGAAUGAAGACAGGUUUACAGAAGUUGAAGGAAGCCUCAGAAUCGGUUGUGGCCCUCAGCAAAGAACUGGAAACAAAAGAGAAAGAACUUAAAAUAGCCAAUGACAAGGCUGAUAUGGUACUGAAAGAGGUGACUCUGAAGGCACAUGCUUCAGAGCAAGUGAAGAUGGAGGUACAAAAUGUCAAAGACCGAGCCCAGGCGAUUGUGGACAGCAUAUCGGCAGAUAAGGCAGUGGCUGAGCAAACACUUGAAGCUGCCAGACCAGCACUAGAAGAAGCUGAAGCAGCUCUGCAGACAAUUAAACCAGCAGACAUAACCUUAGUACGAACACUCGGUCGGCCUCCUCAUCUGAUUAUGAGAAUAAUGGACUGUGUACUGCUGCUUUUGCAAAGGAAGUUGAACCCAGUGAAACCUGAUGUAGAAAGGAACUGUGUUACUCCAUCAUGGCAGGAAUCACUGAAACUUAUGGCAGGAAACCUUCUACAAGCUUUACAGCAAUUUCCCAAGGACAGCAUCAAUGAGGAAACUGUAGAACUGCUAUGUCCCUAUUUUGAAAUGGCAGAUUACAACAUUGAUGUUGCCAGACGGGUCUGUGGUAAUGUGGCAGGUCUUUGUUCCUGGACACAAGCAAUGGCAUACUUUCAUGGAAUAAAUAAAGAAGUGUUGCCACUUAAGGCAAACCUUACUGUACAGGAAAGCCGCUUGGCCACUGCUAUGGAAGAUCUGAAGAAGGCCCAGUGUGAACUUGAUGCCAAACAAGUUGAGCUUGAUAUUGUGCAGAUGGAAUAUGUACAAGCAAUGAGAGAGAAGCAGAUGUUACUAGAGGAUGCUGAGCGUUGCCGGCAGAAGAUGCAAAUGGCUUCAAGUCUAAUUGAUGGUUUGUCAGAGGAGAAAGAACGUUGGACCAAACAAAGCAAGGAAUUUGCUGCUGAGGAGAAAAGACUUGUGGGGAAUGUUUUGCUGGCAACAGCGUUUCUGUCUUAUGCAGGACCAUUCAACCAGGAAUUUAGAAAUCUGUUGUUAAACAGUUGGCAGCAAGAAAUAAUAUUACAUAACAUUCCAUUCACCAUAAAUCUAAAUGUCUCAGAAAUGCUUAUUGAUGGACCCACAGUUGGAGAGUGGAACUUGCAAGGCCUUCCUAAUGAUGACCUCUCAAUACAAAAUGGAAUCAUUGUUGCAAAGGCAGCCCGGUUCCCACUCUUGAUCGAUCCUCAGUCUCAGGGGAAGACCUGGAUAAAGAAUAAAGAAGCAAAGAAUGAACUUCAGGUAACAUCCUUAAAUCAUAAGUACUUUAGAAAUCACUUGGAAGACUGCCUUUCACUGGGAAGACCAUUAUUAAUUGAGGAUGUAGGGGAAGAACUUGACCCAGCAUUGGACAAUGUACUGGAAAAAAACUUCAUCAAAACUGGGUCUACACAUAAGGUAAAGAUAGGAGAUAAGGAGAUGGAUGUCCUGAGUGGUUUCAGAUUGUACAUUACUACAAAACUGGCCAAUCCCGCUUAUACUCCGGAGAUAAGUGCUCGAACUUCAAUUAUUGACUUCACCGUCACCAUUGAAGGUCUCGAGGAUCAACUAUUGGGAAGAGCCAUUCUCACUGAGAAACAGGAACUGGAGAGAGAGCGAACAACUCUGAUGGAGGAUGUAACUGCAAAUAAAAGGAAGAUGAAGGAGCUAGAAGAUAACCUACUUUACCGGUUAACAACUACCCAAGGUUCCCUGGUGGAUGAUGAGAGUCUGAUCAUAGUGCUUCAAAACACCAAGCUGACAGCUGAAGAAGUAACGAAAAAGUUAAAGACAGCAGCUGAGACAGAACUGCAAAUAAAUGCUGCUAGGGAGGAGUACCGACCAGUUGCUACAAGAGGCAGUAUUCUUUAUUUCUUAAUUGUCGAGAUGAGUAUGGUGAACGUGAUGUAUCAGACUUCCCUGAAGCAAUUCCUUGGGAUUUUUGACCUGUCACUAGUCAGGUCUGCUAAAAGUCCAUUCACUAGCAAGCGAAUAGUCUGCAUUAUUGAUUAUAUGACCUAUGAAAUUUACACCUACACUGCUCGGGGAUUCUAUGAGCAACACAAGUUCCUUUUCACACUCUUGCUUACUUUAAAAAUUGAUAUGCAAUGCCACAAGGUUAAGCAUGAUGAAUUUCUCACACUCAUUAAAGGUGGUGCCUCUCUUGACCUCAAAACAUGUCCUCAAAAACCUGCCAAAUGGAUUCUUGAUAUGACUUGGCUGAAUCUGGUUGAACUUAGUAAGCUUAAUCAGUUCUUCAACAUCCUGGUCCAGGUUGCUCGAAAUGAGAAACAGUGGAAAACCUGGUAUGAUAAAGAUGCUCCAGAAGAGGAGGAGCUUAUGCCUGAUGGUUACCAUCAAUCUCUGGACUGUUUUGGCAAGCUCUUAUUGGUCCGAUCCUGGUGUCCAGAUAGAACAAUUGCACAGGCUCGCAAAUACAUCAUUGAUUCCAUGGGUGAGAAGUAUGCAGAAGGUGUUAUUCUGGACCUUGAGAAAAGCUGGGAGGAAUCUGACACCAGGACACCUCUCAUCUGUUUCCUCUCCAUGGGCUCUGAUCCUACAGACCGCAUCAUUGCUCUUGGAAAGAGAUUGAAAAUUGAGACCCGCUAUGUUUCAAUGGGCCAGGGCCAAGAGACGCAUGCACGCAGAUUGUUGCAGCAGACUAUGUCAAGUGGAGGUUGGGCACUCCUUCAGAACUGCCACUUAGGACUGGAUUUCAUGGAUGAAUUGAUGGACACAGUUACAGAAACUGAGAGUAUUGACAAAUCAUUCCGACUAUGGAUAACCACCGAGGUCCACAGGCUCUUCCCUAUUACGCUGCUGCAAAUGGGGAUAAAGUUUACCAAUGAACCACCACAAGGAUUAAAAGCUGGUCUGAAGCGAACAUUUACAGGUAUCAGCCAAGACCAACUAGACAUUAAUAACACACCACAUUGGAAACCCAUGCUAUAUGCAAUAGCUUUCCUUCAUUCCACCGUGCAGGAAAGACGUAAGUUUGGACCUCUUGGCUGGAAUAUUCCUUAUGAGUUUAAUCAAGCUGAUUUAAAUGCUACAAUUCAGUUUGUGCAAAACCACCUCGAUGAUACAGACAGCAAAAAGGGCCUAUCUUGGAAUACAGUUUACUACAUGAUUGGAGAAAUCCAAUAUGGAGGUCGUGUCACAGAUGAUUACGAUAAGCGACUGUUGAAAGCUUUUGCUAAAGUGUGGUUUGGUGAGCAUAUGUUUGGACCAAGCUUCUGCUUUUAUAAAGAUUACACCAUCCCUAACUGUACUACAGUGGAACAAUACUUGCAACAUAUACAGAGUCUGCCAGCAUACGAUACACCAGAGGUCUUUGGCCUCCACCCUAAUGCUGACAUCACCUAUCAAAGGAAACUAGCCCAGGAUGUGCUUGAUACAAUUCUCAGCAUCCAGCCAAAAGAUAGCUCAACUGGGGUCGGAGAAACACGGGAGUCUGUAGUUGUCCAUUUAGCUGAUGACAUGUUGAUGAAAUUACCUCCAGAUUACAUAACUUAUAAAGUUAAAGAAAGGUUGGCACAAAUGGGUAUUUUUCAGCCAAUGAACAUCUUCCUCCAUCAGGAAAUCGAUCGUAUGCAACAAGUGAUUUCAUUGGUGCGCAACACACUAAUAGAUCUGAAACUUGCCAUAGACGGUUCAAUUAUAAUGAGUGAAAACUUGCGCGAUGCACUGGACUGCAUGUAUGUUGCACGUAUACCCACCAGGUGGCUAAAGGCAUCUUGGGCUUCAAGUACUUUGGGAUUCUGGUUCACUGAGUUACUAGAAAGGAACCAUCAAUUCCACUCUUGGAUUUUUGAAGGGAGGCCAAACUGUUUCUGGAUGGCAGGUUUCUUCAAUCCUCAAGGAUUCCUUACAGCUAUGAGACAGGAAGUUACUCGGCUUCAUAAGGGCUGGGCUCUGGACAGUGUGAUGCUUCACAGUGAUGUCACUAGAUCAUCAAAGGAAGAUGUUAUGCAGCCUCCUUCUGAGGGGGUCUUUGUCUAUGGUUUGUAUUUAGAAGGUGCUGGAUGGGAUCGACGUAACAACAGACUGACAGAAUCAAAGCCAAAAGUUCUGUUUGAAAUUCUGCCUGUUAUUCAUAUGUCUGCUAUCAACCACCACAGUUCUAAAGAUACUUUGGUGUAUUCCUGUCCAAUUUAUAAAAAGCCUGUGAGAACUGAUCUGAACUAUAUUGCUGCUGUUGACUUAAGAACAAACCGACCUCCUGAUCACUGGGUACUAAGAGGUGUUGCAUUACUCUGUGAUGUGAAAUAAGUUGCACAGGUCAAUUUGAUGUAUUAAACUUAUGUAAUGUAAUCGUGGCAAUGGAACAAUUGCAGCAAAUUGAGCAAGAACACUGUUACCUGAAAUUAUUGCUGACGUAUGGCAACUGUAGUGAAAU